CUUAUGCUUCUUCUUCUUCUUCUUCGUAAAACGUUAUAUAUAUAUAUAUAUUAUAUAAAACCCUCUCUCUACCUCCCACCAAUCCUCCUCCUCCUCCUCCUCAUUGCUAUAUAUGAUCUCCUCUCCACAUUAUUAUUAUUAUUAUUAUUAUUAUUAUAAUUCUGCAUUGUCGUGGUGGUAGAAGAAUUAAGAGAAGGGAUCGGAGAAGAAGAAUUGAGUGCAGAUCAAUGGGGCAGCAGCAGCAGCAGCAGCAGCAGCAGCAGUUCGGGGACACGACGCUGACGAAGGUGUUCGUGGGGGGGCUGGCGUGGGAGACGCAGAAGGAGGCGCUCCGCGACCACUUCCACCACUUCGGCGACAUCCUCGAGGCCGUCAUCAUCUCCGACAAGCUCACCGGCCGCUCCAAGGGCUACGGCUUCGUGACGUUUAAGGAGGCGGAGGCGGCGAAGAAGGCGUGCGAGGACGCGACCCCUGUCAUCAACGGCCGCCGCGCCAACUGCAACCUCGCCUCGCUCGGCGCCAAGACUCGCCUCCGCCCUUCGCCUCCCACCACCCCGGCCCCACCAGCCCAUCACCACCACCUCCACCACCACCCCCACCCCCACCAACCUGCAGGAGUGGCCGUUGGAUCGAGAGGGAUCGCAUCGGGACCGCCGGCGCCGUGGUACUACCAGCCCUCGGGAACGCCGCCGCUGCCGACCCCGUUCCACGGCCACCACCACCACUACCACGGCGUCCUCCCCUUCUACUCCGCCGCCGCCGCCGCCGCCGCCGCCUACGGGUAUUCUCCUUACGUGACAGAUUUGAGCUACAAUGCGAAGCUGAGCCACACAGCAGGGGGAGGGCCAUACCUGCAGGGUGGCCAAUUCUCGUACCCGGCUCACGGAGCAGGGAUGGUUGCCACUGCUGCUGCUGCUGCGAAUGGAAUGGUGCCUCUGUAUCCCUACUACCACUACCAUCAUCACCAGUCGCAGGGGAUGGGCGUCCCCGCAGCGCACUUCUUCCCUCCGCCCACCACCGCAGGCUCCAUGGCCGCUGUCCCCGCCAUCAUCUCCAAGCCUACUGCAAUGCCACCCUCCACUGUUUCUUAUGCAGUGGAGCAGGUCACCGGGUGCAGCUAAAUGAAUCAACAAAGAAGGGCCUAAGAUUGCUCAUGAUGGGUUCUCUUAUUCAUUCGAUUAGAACCGUCGAAUUCUUUUAUUACCUCUAACUUGCAUCGCAACAUAAUGAUGCACAUCUGUAACAAAGUUGUUAUCAGUUUGCCAAGGUAUUUUAUGGUAAACUUUUCAAUGCUGUAGCUGAACUGGUGCAUAAACAUGCGAGACCUUAAUGUUAUUUAUUAUAUCUGUUAUAAUUUUGUAGUUAUUUUUUAUAUUAUUUUUGAGGAUAAUAUUGUAAUUGUCAUGCUUCUCUUAUCAAUCUUAAUACUUCUAGCUCUGGGUUAUUA